AGGAGGAGGAGGAAGAAGCAUCUCCUUUCUUUGCGUGCUUUUCUUUUCUCUCUUUUUGCGCUUUCUUGCCAUUUGUGUCCCCAGCCAAAGAAAGCACGAGCUGCUGCUGCGGCUGAUAGGUGAGUGGCAUCCAUGGUGGAUUUGGUAGGGUAGGGUAGGGGGAUGGGGUUCUAAGCUACGUGUCGGUGUGGUUAUACUUUGCUUUGGAUUGAGGCGGCGGUAUCGAUCGAUCGAUCGGUUGAUUCCGGCGUGGUGGUGGUGGUCCGGUGAGCAAGCAAUGCGCGCGGCGCGGCGACCGGCCGGCGGCGUGUCUCCGCGCCGUCGACGAGGGUGCCGUCCCGCGGCCUUCGGCAUGCUGUGCCUGCUGGUGUUGUGGGUUUCUUGAUCGGCUCCAUGCUUUCUUGCUUCCGGCUGCCGCGGCCGGGCGGGGAGACGAACCAGGCGACGGCGGCAGCUUCGGCGUUGGCGUCGCCGAGGCGGCCGUCGCUGCCGUUCGCGUCGAGCCUGUUCGCGGGGUCGCCGUCGACGUCCGGGAAGCACCCGUGGCCGCCGGACGCGGACGACAUGGAGAAGAAGCGGUGGGACAGCAUGGAGUCGUGGUCGAUGCUGCUGGACACGGCCAUGGGGCCCUCCGGCGAGGGCGGGUCGUCGAGCAGGGACAGCGGGCGGCGGGAGGAGUGGAUGGCCGACCUGUCCCAGCUCUUCAUCGGCAACAAGUUCGCCUCCGGCGCCAACAGCCGCAUCUACCGCGGCAUCUACAAGCAGCGCGCCGUCGCCGUCAAGAUGGUCCGCAUCCCGGAGCGCGACGAGGCCCGCCGCGCCGUCCUCGAGGACCAGUUCAACUCCGAGGUCGCCUUCCUCUCCCGCCUCUACCACCCCAACGUCGUCCAGUUCAUCGCGGCGUGCAAGAAGCCGCCGGUGUACUGCAUCAUCACGGAGUACAUGUCGCAGGGGACGCUGCGGAUGUACCUGAACAAGAAGAACCCCUACUCGCUGUCGUCGGAGACGAUCCUGAAGCUGGCGCUGGACAUCUCCCGGGGCAUGGAGUACCUGCACGCGCAGGGGGUGAUCCACCGCGACCUCAAGUCGCAGAACCUCCUUCUCAACGACGAGAUGCGCGUCAAGGUCGCCGACUUCGGCACCUCCUGCCUGGAGACCCGGUGCCAGGCCACCAAGGGCAACAAGGGCACCUACCGCUGGAUGGCGCCGGAGAUGACCAAGGAGAAGCCCUACACCCGCAAGGUCGACGUCUACAGCUUCGGCAUCGUCCUCUGGGAGCUCACCACCUGCCUCCUCCCCUUCCAGGGCAUGACCCCCGUCCAGGCCGCCUACGCCGCCUCCGAGAAGAACCUGCGGCCGCCGCUGUCGAGCUCGUGCUCGCCGGUGCUGAACAACCUGAUCAAGAGGUGCUGGUCGGCGAACCCGGCGAGGCGGCCGGAGUUCAGCUACAUCGUGUCGGUGCUGGAGAAGUACGACCACUGCGUCAAGGAAGGGAUGCCGAUCAUGGCGCACCAGGAGCUCAGGCUCUGGAGCUCCGUCGCCAAGAUCUUCAGGAUGGGCUGCAUCACCAACAACUUGUCCAUACCGGUGCACGCUUGAUUCGAUCAAAAUCACCAUACAUAUAUGCUACUUUCUACACAUGUAUGUUGGAUUAAUCUCUGAUUACAUAAAUACACAUGAUGCUGUACCUAUACAUACAUUGCACACACCUGUUUGUGCUUUCCAUGACAAGUAUUUGAA